CCCGCGGGAGGCGCGGCCGGGCAGGAGCGCCAGGGGCCGCGGGCAGCCGUGCGCCGCGCAGGGGCUGGGACCCGGACCGGCGCACGCCGCCGCGCAGCCAGGAGGGACCCCGGGCAGCCGCCCGCCGGUGGGCCAGGCUGUUCUGGACUGACCACAGCCGCUACUCACAUCACUGCUCCUAGUGCAUGCCGGGAAGGCAGCUGCUUCAGGAGAGGGAUUUUGCCGACUUGUCAGAGGAAAGGAAAACUUGAGCCCCUGCUCGAAGAUGCUGUCUGGGAAGGUGGAGAAGAGGAUUGCUUCCUCCGUAUACAUUACCCUGGCCCCUCCCAGGAGGGACACGGUCAUCAAGGCUGAUGUAAAGCCAGAGGUGCGUCAGCCGAGCUCAGACCACCCAAAGGAGGCUACGAAAUCUGAUGGGACCCACCAGCCCCAAGGGUUGCCACCGAAGAAACUGUCCAACAGCAGCCGUCAGGCUGGUAAGCAGAGCAGCAGGACACUGGGCAGUGCCGGGUCCUCGUCUGGAGCGGCGGGCUUGUCCAACGGAGGUUUCUCCUCCUUUCCUCGUCCUGUCCUGACCGACAUUCCCACAGGCUCGGACCCAGAGAGCCCCCUGCCAUCUCCUCCGCCGUAUCUUCUGUCCAAUGAACUUAACGCCCCGUUGUUGGAGACGCUUUGCCCUGAUCUGCAGAAGCUGCACAUGAGCUCACCUGUGAGCCAGCAGGCCUCCUCCACGUUCCCAGCAGAACCGAGGCAGCAUAAAAUCCAGCCGACCGGUCUGGAGCAAGCGGACGAGCGCCAGGCCCCGAAACAGAAUGUGAAUGGGCUCCUGGAAAGAGACAUUUCCACAGUCUGUGCCUUUUGCCACAAGGCCAUUGCCCCCCGGACCCCGACCAUAGAAGCCAUGAACAGACAGUACCACGCGGACUGCUUCACGUGCCGGACAUGCCACAGCCAACUAGCGGGGCAGCGCUACUACCAGAAAGAGGGCCGGCCAAUGUGCAACUCUUGCUACAAGGACACGCUGGAGAAAUGUGCCAAGUGCCAGGGUCUGAUCCUGGAGCACAUCAUCCGCGCCUUGGGGAACGGGUACCAUCCCGAGUGUUUCAUGUGCUCCGUGUGUGGGCGGAGCAUCGGGGACGAGAGCUUCGCCGUGAAUGACCAGAACGAGGUGCACUGCGUGGAUGAUUUCUACAGGAAGUACGCCUCCAUCUGCAGCGUCUGUGAGACACCCAUCAUCCCACAGGAGGGGAAAGAUGCCUACAGGAUAGAAUGCAUGGGGCGAACCUUCCAUGAAAGCUGCUAUCGCUGUGAGGUAGGUCCUGCUGGGAUGCUGCCGAUUUUCUAUCUUUUAAAUAAACUCUUGGUGGCGGAGGGUGUAAAGUCCUAGAAACCACCCGGAGGC